CACCUCCUCGUGAAAACCCUAGCGCCGCCGCCGCCACCGCCGCUCGCCUCAAGACCAUCUCGUCGCAGUUCGUGGUCCGGUCUUUCGAGCGCGGAGAUGGCGGAGGAGGCCCUAGUCGAGACUCCAGCUGCCCCGGCCCCGGUUCUUGGAGAACCCAUGGAUCUCAUGACCGCUCUGCAGCUCGUGAUGAAGAAGUCAAGUGCUCAUGAUGGGCUUGUGAAGGGUCUCCGUGAGGCGGCCAAGGCCAUUGAGAAGCAUGCUGCUCAGCUCUGUGUGCUUGCUGAGGAUUGCGACCAACCUGAUUAUGUCAAGUUGGUUAAGGCUCUCUGUGCUGAGCACAAUGUUCACCUUGUUACUGUGCCUAGUGCUAAGACUCUUGGCGAGUGGGCCGGGCUUUGCAAGAUUGAUUCUGAGGGCAAGGCAAGGAAGGUUGUGGGCUGCUCCUGCGUCGUUGUCAAGGACUACGGUGAAGAGUCUGAGGGCCUUAACAUAGUGCAGGACUAUGUCAAAUCACACUAGAUAUAGCAUUCUUAUAUCCAGAACGUGUGCUCGACUUUCUGUACCUUUUGCUUUAAUUUAUGCUUGGUUCUAGGGCUUGCUAGGAUAUAAGAAUUCUUUUUCAGGCGCGAGCCAAGGAGACAUCAGCAAUUUGGACCUCUGAACUUAUGUUUACUGUGCUGAAAAUCAUCUGCUUUUAAUACAAAUCAUCAUCCGGAGCUGAGGACCAGUUUGCCCAA